CCUUGGUUUGUUUUGAACAUAUAUAGCUGUUCAGUUGUGGAAGUAAUUUAGAUGGGCAGAUGCUCUGUUUUCUCUGUUAAACAUUUUUGAGAAUCUGUCAUGGGCUUGGAAAGAGCUAGCUUGGAUUUCUGUGAGACUGAAGCCUCUAUUCAUUUCCUUAAGUGUAGCAGGAAAAGCAGUGGUCGUGUAAGCUUACUUCUAAUUACCAGCCUGAGCUGCUCCUGAUACCAAAGUAGCUGCAGUGUUGAGUGCUGCCACUCCAACGUGGCUGCAGGGACUCCAGAGGAGCUGCUGAUUAUUUAUGUGAUAUGGACAACUCUGAUCACUGCUCUCCAAACAGUCUGUUGACAGAAGUUUAAGCACACAGCUCCUGGGCCACACAGGUCAGGUGUUUGUGGAGCAGGCAGCCUGAUAGAGGUGUCUCAAUAAAGUAGUGCAUGUCAGGAAAUGUAGGCUUUUAAAACUGUCAUUUAAACAAACAGCAAUUUUUUUUUAAAUGCAUUAUGAUACUUAAAGAAUUUCAGUGAACUAACUUGGUGUUUCAAUGGUAUUAUAAGAGCUUAGCUUCUGCUAUGCUUACAGAUUUAUGGUGGAAGAAAUUGCAUUAUUGAUUGCAUUAUAUAAAAGAGAAAGCUUUUGUACUGCCUGCUACUGCAUUAUGAUUUAAAAUUGUUUCCCAAAGUUUGUGGACUACAGACAUGAAGCUCACAAAAGCUUAUAACCUUUCUUCCUCAGGUUUCUGGUUCUAAUGAGAAAUGAUUUUCAGUCUUUCAGUGUAAGCUAUCCCCUUUGUGUAAGAAACAGUGUUUGGAAAAUGCUGUGUAGAGCUUGUGAUUCAGGGCUGAACAAUACAGAGGAUCAAAAGGUCUUUUUUUAAAAGGGGGGCAUGACCAGACCUUUUUGUUUAGUUCAUAUGACAAUGAUAAACCAGUCAGGGAGUUAUUUAAAGAACAUGAAGCACUGACUGGUUUGGGGUUUUUUUAACCAGUAUGCCUCAAAGGCUGGCUUAACGAGAUUUGAGAGAUUUCUAAGACAGGUGGUGUUCAUAAUUUGAAGAUUAUGAAGGUUCUUUGAUCAAAUAGUGGAGCAGUGAGUUACCAGCAAGUUUUUUGUUGAAUGUAAUUUUUGCACAAAAGUUUUGGAAUUGAAAUUGAGGAUGCCAGAGAUAUUCCAGCUCAUUCCAGCAUGGAGGUGGGUAUGACACAAGACUAGUCAUGUAUUUUCACUUGGACUAUCUGAGAUACAAAUGAAGUGCUUCAGAUGUGUAAUGUUUUAGUUACUGGUAACUAAACCAAAUGACUGAAUAUUUUAUUUCUGUAUUACUUAACUCCUGCAAUUUUCAUUACUUCGCUUUACUUUUAUUCCAUGAGUGAGUGCCUUUUAAGCUGUCACUAUGUGAAGUAAUUUAGCAACCUGUGUCAAGAAGAUCCAGGCCAUAAAUUUUAAGCACAAGGUUGCAGCUAUUAGCGAGACUAAAGAUCUAUGAAGAAUUGAAAUGUCUUAGUUGCCUGUGUUGUCCAGCUGGUUAUUUGAUUGUAGUUUCUGGAAUUGCAGAUUCUAUAUGAAGUCAAGUACCAAGUGUAGUCCAGAACCAAAUGAUGUCUUGUGGUUUGAGAAGUUUUAACUGUUCAUGAAGUCAGUGGUGCAUUGUGGCUGAUGUAGAUCUGCGUUGAUGCUGUACUAUGAAAUGUACAGGCUCACUGGAAAGGCUUGUCUGCUUGAUUUUGCAUAUCCCAAUAUCAGAGUGCUUACUUGAUUUAAAAAAAUCCUUUUUGUUUUUGAAUUAGAAAUUAAUAUCAAGGGAAUAACUAUAGUAUAUGCAUGUAAUUUAAGGUAAAAAUAUACAUAUACUAUGUAUAAAUUUGUUCAACCACUUUGUCAAAAAUAAUGGCAUUUCAGCUGUAGGCAGUUCCCAGUUCUUCUGGAGGCUUUUCCUCUCCUGGAAUCAACUUAACUGUGAACCUCAUAUUCAAAAAUAAAUUCUGAAAAUAAAGUUUUUUGUGAAAAGCUGCUGUUGUGCUGUGGCUGAUGAGCAGGGAUAGUUAUGGGUGUAGCCAUGUCCUGAUUUAUUGACUGUCAGUCACUGACUUUUGAUCACUGACAGAAGCAGAAGCAGGAAUGGACAGGAGGAUGAAGUACCUGGCUUGGAGCCAGAAACCUUCAAGAGAUGCAUGAAUUUUCUUCACAAACUCUAGUCUUCGUAGCGGUUGAGUAGCAAUUGAAUUAUAUACAAAACUUAGCCACUUAGCAUUGUUUUGUGUGCUAGUCUGGAGGUUGGGGUGCACUUACUUCUGUAAAAAAUCUACUACUGCUGACUGUUUGGUGAUUGCUUUGCUGGAUUGUUGAGUUACAAAGGUUUUAGCCUGUGGAUCAGCUUGGGUAUUUGUCAUUGCUGAAUGAGAAAGGAUGAGCUAUUCCUGAAAAUGCUUCUAACUUUUUCUUGCUGUGACUCUCAAUAUUUCAUAUUUCCUGAGUCAGUAUGAGUAAUCUCUGUUUUAUUGCAGGAACUGAUGAUAAGCAGAGACAACAAGAGCUGCUGUGCUUAUUUGUGCUAAGGAAAAGGAGUGGAGUUACAUGUCUCACUGUUUUUUCAGGAGAACAUGAGAACUUUUGUCACCUAAAGAAGCUCUUGGGUGGGAGCUGAAGAGAAUGAAUGGCGGGAUGGAGCCUGUGAAGUCUGUUGAGGAGUGUUGAUGACUGUUUCCAUAUUAGCAGAAGGAAACACAGGCACACUAUAGAGGAUGGCUUUGCACUUGGGUAUCUUGCAAUCCUAAUUUUGAAAUAAUCAGCACAGAGUGAGCAGACAUGUAAAACAGAUGGGGGAAUUGUAUGCAGGGUGACAUUAAGAGAAAUGCCUGAUAAUUUAGAUACCAUUUUGUUGUUAAUGUGCUUAAAGUGUUUGUGUUUCUGUGGGAGGUUAUGUUUAAUGCACUAAAGGAGAUGAUACUCAGCUGAGUUGUAGGCUGCUAAGAGACUGAGUAGUUAGAGAACGGGAAUAAGUAGUUAUGUUUUGUCUCUGGUGUGGUUCAAUAAUCAGAGUUCAAAGUUUUCCUUUAAUGAAUUAUGCAUAUAAAUGUAUUGGUUAUGUUUUUCCCCAUGCUUUGUUCACAAAAGAAAUAAUUACCAUUCAUGAAUAUUUUCUUUAGUUUCAAAUAGUGGAUGUGGAGUGAUAGACUCAAACUUUGAUCUCCAGCCUAUUAGUCAAAGUGGUUUAAUUAUUUUCAGCCAUUAUCCUGUUCUGUUCUCUGUAGAGAUUGGUUUUUGUAUUGUUGGCUGCAGCUUUCACAUGGUUUUGAUGUGCACCUGCACGUGAAUCACAGCAGAGAUGUUCCAGACUUGAAGGGACAAAGGUGGGGACUUUGCAGCAGGAGCAUCCUGUGGUGCACCACCUCUGUGUGCGUGUUCAUGUGUCUGAGAGCAGUUCAGCACCCAGAAGAUCAGGCUGCAAACUGCAUUUCAUCCUGGCUGCAGGAUGCCCAGCACCAGCCUGGAGCUCACUAUUGCUCCUGCUUGCCUUCUUGGCUGAGCAGUAGUCACUAAAUCCAGUUGGGGUUGCCCUUGAGCCAUUCUGGUUUCUUGUUCAGUACCCCAAUAAUAAAAAAUUCAUUUUAAUUUCAGUUCUUUAUAGCAUGAACUUUAUUGACCUGUUCAGGCUUUUUAAUGAAAAAUGUGGGUUUGUAUUUUAAAUCCUCAUGGUUUCUGAGGCAGGGUUCAUGGUGUGGGUUGCUGUAGUUUUUGUGCUAAAUGUAAAAUUUUCUAAAAAGAAAACACAGCUUUCCCAUAUUAUAUCCAAAUUUGAAAAGAGUAAUUUCCUCAGCAAACUAAAUUUGCUAAACCAGUUUCUAACUUCAGCUGUAAGGUUUUUUUUGUUAAUUAUUUCCUGCUAUCAACCAUCUGUAUCAAAUAUACUUAAAAGGCUGUAUACAAAUGGAAAAAGAAACUGGAGGCAUAAGAAACGUGAAAAAAUAGUUUUAGUCCAGAAUAUAUCCAGUAAAAAUACACAUUUAUAUGAACCAAAUAUUACACAUUGUUGUUUGGAUGGUGAUUGGUGCAGGUAAAGAGUAGUAUUUACCUGAAGUUUUUAUGUCUAUCUCUGAAAUAUGGUAAGCAACAUAAAAGUGUUUGUUGAAGACGUGUGCAAGCCUUUUAUGGUGGUCUUUAUUCCUUCUAAUCACUUUUUAAGGCAGCUUAUGUCCCCUGUGGGACUUGUUUUCUCUGUUUCUCUCCCUCCUUCUCUGCAUUACCAUUUUACUUUAAACCUCUGAAGAUUCUUAGUUUCUGCUGCCCUAGACAUUUCUGAGGGGGUUUCAUUAAACAAGUCUUCAUCAUAAUUUGUUAAACUUGUCCCCCAGCUUCUUGACAGUAAAAUAACACACAAACACACCAAGGAAUUUCUUUGGGGGGGGAUGUGCUGAAUUGCUUGUAUUUUUUUGAAUGUUUAGACCUUGGAAACAAUAAGAAGUUUGAUGGCAGGAAAGAAAAUUUCUGGCCUUUAGUGGUGUACGUCUUCGUGCUGCCACGCUCAGGUGCUGUGGGAAUUUGCUCUGUGUCUGCAGAGAAAUGGAGUAUAUAAUUCAGUUUCUGCUCCUCUUGGCGGGUGAGUGUUUCUGCUGGUGAUGGAUCGAUGCCGUUUCCCUGCCAGGAGCGAGUGCCACUGUCCCAGGAGUGGGAAAGCCAAAGUGCAGGAAGUGGAUGAAAAAUGGUUCUGAAAAGGAAUAGGGAAUUUUGCUGCUUUUGCGCUCUGUUCUGAUUUGGAUGUGGAAAUAAAGUAAGAAAUAAUGCCUCCAGUCAGUGCAUUCUGCUUGUGGUGCUUUACAUAGAUGGGGAGAGAAAGAGGUGCACUCUUCUGACCACCCCAUCCUUCUCUGAGCAUGUAGAAGCAGCUCACAAGCAGUAGGUCAAAAAUAACCUGCUGCUCUUAAGCUGAUCUAUGGGGCUGGUUCUGGAGGUGGAACAUGCUGAAUUAUUCUUGUGGAGCUCCACAGCACUGCUGCUAUUCCUGUAUUAGACUUUAAAAAUUAUUUGAAAGCAUUGUUUCUUUAAAAGAAGUGAUUUGGUGAAUCAGGAGUAUUUUAGUGUUAUGUAUAGACUGUAAUCUCAGAGACAAAGAACUUAUGGAGGUUUUCAUCAAGGAUUUAAAAGCAGAAAAAGUAUUUUGUGCAGUUUUUAUUGUCAAGUUUCCACUACUUAAUCCAGGCUCUCAUUUAAUAAGUACAAUAGAAUUAUUCGUAGCAUACCAAAUUUGUACUUUCUGUUGCUUGCUGUGCUGUCCGACUCCAGAGGCACAGUGUGGGGGCAGGGGCUUUGGUUGUGUAAGGAACAGCCAUCCUGGCCCUUCCUCCUCAGCCUGGCACUCUUUUUUCCUAAUUGCUGAGAGAUUGGGAUUUUGUAGUGUGGGGCUGUGGUCAGAAUCGUGGGAAGGUCUGAAGACCAGAGUUGUCACCUGGAAUUUGACUUGGUUAAUGAGUACUUGUAAAUGGCAGCCUAAAUACAGCCUUUAGCACUCUAAACCUAUCAAACAUAUAUAUCUAUAUGGAAACUUUUUUGAGGAAAGUAACAUUCUUACGAGUACACAUUUAAAAAAUGUUGGACAUCAUUUGGAGGCAGUUUUGUUAAUAGCACAGAAUUGAUUUUGAGUGGUUGAAGCCGCUGUUUGCAAGCAGAAGUGUAAAGGGAGCAUUUCCUCCUAGUGAAGGUGUUCCCCGUUCCUCCCCUGCGGCUCCCCGGGCUGCUGCGGGCGCUGCUGCCCCGUUCUCGGUGCUGGGAUCCAUAAAGUCUGUGUGUGGAGCACAGCUUGGGAGUUUGGGGAGGCUGUUGUAAGCUGCUGUAGGUGAGGGGAUUGAUUUCGGAGCGGGGCUGGCUCGCGUGUCCCGCCGCCGGGCGCAGCGGCUCCCGCGCCCGCUGAGGGCUCUGCCGGGCUUCGGGUGCGAGCGCUGCUCUGCCCCUCCGCCCUGCUGCUGUCCGGGCUGCUCCGAGACCCCUGCCAGAAUCCUUCCCUGUGCCGUGCCUCUCCUUGGCUUUGCUGGGGGAGGCUGCUGCUGCUCCUGGCAGCCCCGGCGUUGGUGGAUCAGUCGGGUGAUGUGCGGGGCUCGGCCGGAGCGCGGCAGGACCGCGCUGCUGGCGCUGUGACAGGUCAGAUGGCCCCUCGGUGUCCUGGGCUCCUUCCUUUCCUCUGCUGGGCUCCGCUUCCUUUCGCCGGAUGCUGGGAAUAGCCUCGCAGAAGAUUUUUUUCAUCUGAAUAUUUAUUUUUUUUAUAAAGAAUUAGGUUUUUGACAUGAGCUGUGUGAUUAAUCUGGACCAUUACUGAACUCCCGAGGUGUCUGUGACACGGGGGGUGCUCUUCGCUCGGAAUUGCACUGAUUGUUGUGUGCUCUGCGUUGGAGUGAUAACAGUGGCCUCUCCUCCCCAGCCCUAAGCCUCUUAUGCUGGGAAGAGGCAUAUCAGUGUAUCAGCACAAUGAUGAAGCGGAGGAAACAGAGGCUCGGAGCCCCAUCUCUGCGGAUCCAAAUCUCCUCUCCUUUGUUCUCCCACUGCCGAGGAAAUGAUGUUCAUCAGCACAUGUUCUCUCCUACAUCUGCUCCAGGUCUGCAGCAUCUUAAAUUCCCAUUUAGUGCUGACUGUGCACUUGUCACUUCUCCUCUAGUAUUUUACCUGAACUCACAAGCCCAGAGCAAUCCAUCUAGUCCGUGCUACAGCCAUCCUUUUCAGUGGAGCUGUCGGACAAGCAACAGGAAGAGUUUGAUUGUAACAUCCAGCACAUCUCCAACUCUCCCACGGCCACAUUCCCCUCUUCAUGGACACACAGGUAGCAGCCCCUUGGACAGUCCCAGGAACUUCUCUCCAAAUGCACCUGCUCAUUUUUCCUUUGUUCCUGCCCGAAGCCAUGGACACAGAGCAGACAGAACGGACGGACGCCGCUGGUCCUUGGCCUCCCUUCCUUCGUCUGGAUAUGGAACAAACACUCCCAGUUCAACAGUUUCAUCAUCAUGCUCAUCUCAGGAGAAGCUGCACCAGCUGCCCUUUCAGCCCACGGCAGAUGAACUUCAUUUCCUGACAAAGCAUUUCAGUACUGAGAGCAUCACUGAUGAGGAAGGGCGCCAUUCUCCAGCCUUGAGGCCUCGGUCUCGCAGUCUCAGCCCUGGUCGCUCUCCAGUUUCCUUUGACAGCGAAAUAAUAAUGAUGAAUCAUGUGUACAAAGAAAGGUUUCCAAAGGCCACGGCACAGAUGGAAGAACGGCUGGCUGAGUUUAUUGCCUCCAAUGCUCCCGAGAACGUGCUGCAAUUAGCAGAUGGGGUCCUAAGUUUCAUUCAUCAUCAAGUUAUUGAACUGGCCAGAGAUUGCCUAGAUAAAUCACGUGAAGGUCUCAUUACUUCUCGGUACUUUUAUGAGCUGCAGGAAAACUUAGAGAAACUUCUCCAGGAUGCCCACGAGCGAUCCGAGAGCUCCGAGGUUGCCUUCGUCACGCAGCUCGUGAAGAAGCUGAUGAUCAUCAUUGCCCGGCCAGCGCGGCUGCUCGAGUGCCUGGAGUUUGAUCCUGAAGAGUUCUACCAUUUGUUGGAAGCUGCAGAAGGCCAUGCCAAGGAAGGGCAAGGAAUUAAAUGCGACAUUCCUCGUUACAUUAUCAGCCAGCUGGGACUCACCAGGGAUCCCCUGGAGGAAAUGGCCCAGUUGAAUAGCUAUGACAGCCCAGACACUCCCGAGACAGAUGAUUCAGUCGAGAGCCGCGGGGCCUCCGUCCAGUCAAAGAAAACUCCCUCUGAAGAAGAGUUUGAAACUAUUAAACUGAUCAGUAAUGGUGCUUAUGGAGCGGUGUAUUUGGUGCGGCACAAGACCACCCGCCAGCGUUUUGCCAUGAAGAAGAUCAACAAGCAGAACCUGAUCCUGAGAAACCAGAUCCAGCAGGCCUUUGUGGAGAGAGAUAUCCUGACAUUUGCUGAGAACCCCUUCGUGGUCAGCAUGUUCUGCUCCUUUGAGACCAAGCGGCACCUGUGCAUGGUUAUGGAGUAUGUGGAAGGAGGUGAUUGUGCUACACUUCUCAAGAACAUUGGUGCCCUACCCGUUGAUAUGGCAAGGAUGUAUUUUGCUGAGACUGUUCUGGCACUGGAGUACCUACACAAUUAUGGGAUUGUUCACCGUGACCUAAAACCUGAUAAUCUCCUGAUCACUUCAAUGGGUCAUAUUAAACUAACAGACUUUGGACUGUCCAAAAUUGGGUUAAUGAGUCUUACAACUAAUCUUUAUGAGGGCCACAUUGAGAAGGAUACCAGGGAAUUCCUGGACAAGCAGGUGUGUGGGACUCCAGAGUACAUUGCGCCAGAAGUGAUCCUGCGCCAGGGCUAUGGGAAGCCUGUGGACUGGUGGGCCAUGGGAAUCAUCCUCUAUGAGUUCCUGGUCGGCUGUGUUCCUUUCUUUGGGGACACACCUGAAGAGCUCUUUGGACAAGUGAUCAGUGAUGAAAUUGCCUGGCCAGAAGGAGAUGAUGCACUGCCCCCAGAUGCCCAGGACCUCAUUUCUAAGCUUCUCCGCCAAAAUCCCCUGGAAAGAAUGGGAACAGGUAGCGCCUUUGAAGUGAAGCAGCAUCGGUUCUUUAAAGAUCUGGACUGGAAUGGAUUACUCCGGCAGAAAGCUGAAUUCAUCCCACAGCUGGAAUCUGAGGAUGACACAAGCUAUUUUGACACCCGUUCAGAACGGUACCAGCACCUGGAUUCAGAAGAAGAGGAGGACACUAAUGAUGAUGAUCACGUGGAAAUUCGGCAGUUUUCCUCGUGCUCACCCAGGUUCAGCAAGGUGUACAGCAGCAUGGAACGACUUUCAAUCCACGAGGAGAGGAAGACUCCACCACCAACCAAGCGGAGCCUGAGCGAGGAGAAGGACGAUCGGCUGGACAGCCUGGGGGGCCUGAAGAGCCGCGACCGCAGCUGGGUCAUUGGCUCUCCUGAAAUCCUGCGCAAGCGCCUGUCCAUGUCCGAGUCCUCGCACACGGAGAGCGACUCCAGCCCGCCGCUGACGGUGCGGCGCCGCUGCUCGGGGCUCCUGGACAUGCCGCGCUUCGCCAUCUCCGCCGAGGACGAGGGCGCCGCCCUCAAACGGCCCCAGUCCGAGGGGAUGCUCCUGUCCACGGUGCAGGCGCGGGAGGGGCUGCCCCUGCCCAUUCCAGAGCAGCCUGUGGAGCACGAGCUGCAGCUGGAAGGGGAUGCUGGAGCCACCACCCCCUCCACGGCCACCGGCAGUGCCUCGGUGCUGACAGCUGGGAGCACUGCAGAUUUCUCUGAUCCACGAGCUCGCAGUAAUAGCAAUGAAGGCCCAGACUUUACCACUCCAAAAGCCAUCAGCGAUUUGGCAGUGCGGCGGGCACGACACAGGUUGCUCUCUGGGGAAUCAGGGGAGAAACGCACCUCGAGACCUGUCAAUAAAGUGAUUAAAUCAGCAUCCGCUACUGCCUUGUCUCUCCUGAUUCCCUCAGAUCACCACACGUGUUCUCCAUUGGCCAGUCCAAUGUCACCUCAUUCUCUCUCCUCCAACCCAUCUUCGAGGGACUCCUCACCCAGCCGCGACUUUUCUCCUGCUAUCGCAAACCUGAAACCACCAAUCAUCAUCCAUCGGGCUGGAAAGAAAUACGGUUUCACUCUGCGCGCCAUUCGCGUCUAUAUGGGUGACAGUGAUAUCUACACUGUGCAUCACAUGGUCUGGCACGUGGAGGAAGGGGGUCCGGCCAACGAAGCGGGUCUGCGGGAAGGGGACCUGAUCACCCACGUCAACGGUGAGCCGGUGCAUGGGCUGGUGCACACUGAAGUGGUGGAGCUGAUUCUGAAGAGUGGAAAUAAAGUGUCCAUCUCCACCACACCAUUUGAGAACACAUCCAUCAAAGUUGGUCCAGCUCGAAAAGCCAGCUACAAAUCCAAGAUGGCUCGUAGGAACAAGAAGAGCAAAACAAAGGAUGGUCAGGAAAGUAAGAAGAAGAGUUCUCUGUUGAGGAAGAUCACUAAACAAGCAUCACUGCUUCACACUAGCCGGAGUUUAUCGUCCCUGAACCGGUCUCUGUCAUCUGGAGAAAGUGUGCCUGGCUCUCCAACUCACAACCUGUCUCCUCGGUCACCAACCCAGAGCUACAGAUCCACUCCAGAGUCUGUACACUCAGUUGGUGGCAAUUCUUCUCAGAGCAGCUCUCCCAGUUCCAGCGUUCCCAAUUCUCCAGCCAGCUCUGGACACAUCCGACCCAGCUCCCUGCAUGGCCUAGCACCAAAGCUCCAGAGGCAGUACAGAUCUCCAAGGCGUAAAUCUGCAGGAAACAUCCCUCUGUCCCCCCUGGCUCACACUCCAUCACCAACCCCUCAGUCCACGUCACCGCAGCGCUCCCCAUCUCCUUUGCCAGGACACUCAAUUGGCAGCUCCAGUAUCAUCCAGUCUUUCCCAGUAAAACUACACUCCUCUCCACCACUGGUGAGACAAAUUUCUCGCCCCAAAAGUGCCGAGCCCCCUCGGUCUCCUUUGCUGAAGAGAGUGCAGUCGGCUGAGAAACUGGCUGCGUCUCUGUCUUCCUCUGAGAAGAAGCUGGGCUCCUCAAGGAAGCAUAGCUUGGAUAUCUCCCACUCUGAGUUCAAGAAGGAGAUGUUGCAGCGGGAUCCCAGCCUGCAGAGCCUGCAGGAAUCUGCCAACGAGACGACGGGCAGCAAACUCGGGCUGGCGGAAAAAGGGAUGCUGCAGAAGCCGGGCUCACGGAAGCUGGGUGCCAUUCGGCAGGACAGGGUGGAGAGGAGGGAGUCCCUGCAAAAGCAGGAGGCCAUCAGGGAAGUAGAUUCUUCUGAGGAUGAAACAGAUGAUGGUUCAGAAGAUAGUCAGGAUGGGAGAAGGGUGGACAAGCCCCGUGGCAGUGGAGACCAAGGCUCAGAUUCCUUUAAUGAGGAUAAUAAGUUUUCAUCUAAAUUGGAAAGCAAGGAUAGUAUUGAAGAUGAUGCCUUUCUACCUGAAGAUCCAAAAGGUACAGAAGAUUUGCAGAAGGGAAGUACUCAACAAGCAAAGCCUGUUUCAGAGCCGCUGCAAAUCAGUGUGCACCCCUCCCCACCAGAGCUCCCCUCAAGAACUGCUCCAGAAAAACUAGCUAAUUCAGAAAAGCCAUCCCUAAAAUCAGAAACAACUGCAAAGGAGCAUAAAUUGCCAGAAAACAAAACUUUGGAGUGUUUUGGUCCAAAAGACAGUUCUUCUGAAGCAAUCAAAGAUCUUGGGAGAACUCCAGGUACUCAAAAACCAGUAGAUCUCACAGAACAUAUGCAGUGCCCAUCUAUCAAACUCCUGGAACUUGAAGAAGGCGAUUCUUCUGGGGCCUCCUGUGGUAAACUUGACUUGAAAGAGCCUGUGCUAACAGAAAGUAGUCAGAAAAAACAGGAUUCCCAACCUCUGCUGGCACUUUCCUCAUGGUGCCCAGCAAACACGAGCACUCCUGUCGCGGUGAGCCCCCCAGACCGCGGUGAGAAGGGUCGCGAGGAGACGCCUCAGCCUGUGGAACAGCACAGCUCCUCAUUUCUGUCUCCUGGGAGUGCCAGUGAAACAUCCCAAAGAAGUCCUAGCCCUGACAAGCAGCAGCCCAGCUCAUCCCAGGCAGAGGGUGCUUUAACCUCCAGCAAAACCAGCCCAGCAGGACCCGUGUCCUCCCCACUCCUCAUCCCCGGUGCCAUCUCCGUGUCCCAGUUGGUGCCCCUGGCCCAGAGUGUGUUGGGCCCUUUGAAGCUCAGCAUGUCUGGGUCUGGAGGGGUGGAAACAAAAAAGGACUUGGGUGCCUCUUCUAAAGAGGAGAGAGAUUUGAAACAAAAAAGGCAGGAAAUUUCACAAGUAGGAGAAUGUCAAGAGAAAGCCAAACCCUCUAGCACAGAUGGGCUGACCACGACGAGUGGGUCCUGUGCAGAGUCCGUACACCCAGCAAAGCCCUGGGAGGCAGCAUGUCCCGUGGGGGUCAAAAAGGAGGCAACAUGUCCUGUGGUGGUCAAAAAGGAGGCACUUUUUUGCAGUGCUAAAGCAUCUGAGGUGUUGGCAGGGAGCUGCAAAAUCACUCCAUCAAAAGAGCUGUCUCAUGCUCUUGGACCAGCAGCUCUGAGAGCGGCUCCUCUGCCAGAUGGCAGCACGAGGCCCUGUAAAGAAGGGACUCUGGCACAAGCAAAAAGCAAAGAGGUUGGAAAUCAGUUAAAAAUACAAGACUUUCCCCUGUCACAUGAUGAUGCUGUAAAGAAAACAUAGCAGCAUCGCUGGUACUCAUGGACUGGAGCGUUCUACAUCCAAAAUAGAGACUGCAUGUUUGAAUUUUGUAAUAUACACUAAUAUAAAAUAGAACUUGUGUACAUCUAUUUUUGGGAGGGUUUUUUUCAUACUGUUUUUUGUGUUUUUUCAUCCUUGCUAUUCUAUUUUUGUACACAGUAGUGCUUGCUGUUUGAGGUCUCUUUAGAACAGGGUAUCUUUAAAGCAGGGCUUAAGAAACACUUUGGUUUCAUUAUUUUUCCCUUCCACACCUUUUAUUUUGCCUGAGUUUAGGGCCUGAUGUGCUCUUCCCUCUAAUUUUGCAUUUAUUUGAGAUCCCAAAAAUUCUGUGUGCAAAAAAGGCAGCUUGUUUUUAAAUUUCUGCUUUUCAGCAUUCUCUUUGAAAUUCCAUUGAAAUUCACAGAUGUCAAGUUUUUGCUCCAGUUUUACAAUCUGAUGUCCCUUGACAAGAAUAAGAGCCUACCCUCUUGUCUGCAAGUUAUUCUGAAACUACACACCCUGUUUGGUGCAAGUAAAAUCUCUUUGUCACCAUGUCUCUUCACAGCCCUGUGUCCUUAGAGGAUGUGGAGACAAAGGACUUGGCUGGAGAGACUGGACAGGGAGAGAUCCCUGUCUUCUCUUUGAAACAAGUAAGAGUAUUUUUCAAUGGAAUUAUCAGAAAGAGAAAUCUCCAAUCCAUAAGCUGGCUUUUUGGGGGAUUGUUUUUACUUAUCUGUAUGGGACACAUGGCAACUUUUCCUUCUGUUUUUAAAAUUUUAGUGAUGUUUUAGCUUCCUUUCUCUGGCUUCAAUUCAUAACUUGCCCUGCCUCAGAGUAAGUGACCCCAGGAAAGGGGUGCCUGUAGGUUGGUUUUAAAGUAGAAAAAUUUGUAGUUGCAUAUUCUCCAGUGUGUCUGGCAAAGUUAUCUCAAUGAAAAACGACCUUUGGAGACUUUUCCUUCUCUUGGCGAGUCUAAAUAGGUAGGGAUUUUAAGGUGUCCCUUAACAUUUCUGAAUUGGGGCUUGGGAAACUUGCUGAGUUUUCUGAAUCUGCCCAUUUUAAAAACAAACCUAUGAAGAGUUCAGACUCCUUGAGUUCUGUGGUCAAGCUGCAAGCAGACUUUAAAACACAUGAUAUUUUCAGAUUUCAGCUUUAAUAGCUAGAUCAUUUCCACUGCUGAGGUCACUUUGCAUUAAAAGCUUACUCUUUGCUCCUAGGUUUAGAUAUGGCUUUGCUCUAAGUGUGACCGACUCUGGGUGACAGUGCUCCCUGCUGAGGACUAGACCAAUAAUAAUGCACCAAUAAAUGUGUCGAGUGGUGAUACCUGUAGCACUGUAAGCCAUUUCUUCAUCCAGUUAAAGGUUCCUCUCAGUGAUCACUCCCAUCAUUUGUCCCAGAUUGUGCUCAGCUUGUAUCCUAGUCUUGUCUGAGUGGAUCUCCCUGCGGAUCACCUGCGAGGGAUCGUUCCCUGCUCACUGGCUUACUCUGUUAGAAGCUGAAUGACUGUGCAACAGUAUUCCAGGCUAAAACCCAUCUCUGUUGGUCUGAUUUCCUUACACUGCUGCUUCCUUCACUGUCUUGGCUUUCUCUGAACUUGAAGUUUUGAUUCGCUUCCCCUGAAUGCAAAUACCUUUAUUAUAUAGGAAUAUAUUUUCUCCGUCUCUUUCAAUCUGAUUUUGGUACAACCCACAGCUCAAAAAAAAUCUCUGGAAUCUCACCCUGUUUCUUUCUGUGUAGCAGUUGAUUCUCCCCAUUAUAUACUUGAUUUUGGCUGCUUGGAUUUCAUUUCUGGACCAAGGUUUGGUUUGGUUUGAGCUUUUUUAUUUUUUAACAUGUUUAAAUGAGUGUUUACUCUGUGUGUCAGUGUGAACAUGUAUGGUGUUGCUACUACACUAACCAAAGCCUCAGAGCUCCCAGGUAACACCUUAAUAAACCUGGUUGUGGUGGUACUGAGAGCAGAGCCUGCUGUGCUGUCUCUCUGCUCUUUUCCCUGGAAUUCAUAGGCUGCUCGUAUACACUUGGUUUGCAAUUACAAACCACAGUAUUUCCACUGCCUUGUCAGGGUCCAGGGUGUCUCCAGCCUCUCCAAGUGCUCUUGGUGGUGAGUGUCAUUCAGUGCCGAUUUAGAGCAGUAGCAAGUAAGGAACAGACUUCGCAGGAUCUGGUACUUGCCUGGCUGGUUUUCUCCCUGAUGGGUUGAUCUGCUAAAAAACUGUUGAGAAACAGCGCAGGAUAUUAUGGCAUGGACAGGAAUAGUGAAAAGUGGAUUUGGCAUUCUGAGUCUGUGGUAAUUACAAAGACAAGCCUCCUUGACAAGCUGAUCUCCUGAGAGCACCUGACCUUGGCGAGAUGGAAGUGUCUGUGUAAAUUAAAGAGUUGUGUGAGGACGUGGUCUGACCUGGCUGUUGCCUAGGUGGCAGGUCCCCCUUUUCCUUCUGUGUUUAAAAAACCGGAGGAGAAGACUGACCAUGCUCGCAGGAGGUGAGCAUGGGGUGUGAGCCAGGCUGGGUAACCUGGUUCAUCCCCACGGGCAGGGGUGGGACCCUGUGAUGGUACCAGCUGUAAGCUGCUGACUCCCUGCCUUUGCAGCCACUGCUGCCCAUGCUGAAUUGCAGAAUUAUCUAUCCUUUCCUAGGCAUAAAAGGAGGAGUGAAAACCUUGCUAUGUCACAGCUUUUGCUGCCUUUGCCCGUGUUGGCCAAAGAAGAGGUGAGGUAUGUGUGUCGUUGCCUCUUUUGUAGCUACGGUACAGAGAGUGGUCAGUGCAAUUAGAAAUCUCUGGGUUUUUGAAAGCCAAAGCCAAACAGCGUUGCCAGAAAAGCAUUCUAGUGAAGAAUCCCCUGCUCUUGCUCAGUCCUGCAGUUUCCCUCGGUGUGCCAGGUGCCCCAUCAUCCCUGUUCUACCUGCUGUCAAAUUUACAUGGCGCACUUUAGCAAAGGCUUUGGGCAAAAAGACUUCCUCUGUUAAAUUUUGAUAAUAAGCCAGGUAGAUACACCGAGAAUUAUUCCUUGCUCUGCUAUAAAUUCCUUAAACACCUUCUCAAAAAAAAGCUUGCAAAAUGUGUUGGGAAGGAACAGGAAGUUGGAAAAGCUGUGUCUGAGGGGCACAGCGUGUUCCCAGCUGCAGUGCCCAAGGGAGGCCCCAGCCCGCGCAGCCCUUGGUCUCCGUGGGUAAUCCCGAGUCAGGCAGGCCCAAGGUGAGGUGUGUGUUUGGUGAAUGAGCCGUGCAUGUCACCAUCCAAAUAUGCUGCUUUCCUGCUUUGUUUCCCUCUUCCCUUCUGUCAGCUUGGAUGUGUCUCCUGCUCCUCACCCGUGUUGGGUGGCAGCGCCUGAGCUGGUUCGGCCUCCGCAGCUCCUCUCUGCUCCUGCAUCCCUGCCCCGUGCCUCAGUGUUAUUUUUCCCUUUGUCUCUUACUGUUGCAAACUAAGAGAAAUGGAUGAUAUUUAUUGUAAAUAUUAGACUAUAGCGUUGUACUGGCCACUCCUGGGUCUGAAUGUUGGAGGCCUUUGGCUGCUGCUGUACUAAAGAGCGCUUGUGGGGGAAGGGGUAGGAGUGACCUGUGGGUUUGUUUGCCACACUUGCAUUGAGGUGUGAUUUGGAGUAAUUUUUUUUUUUGUUUGUUUUGUUUUGUUUUUCUUCUGAAGAGGGGAGGAUAAAGUCUUUCUCUGGUUUUCUCUUACUGGAUGUGAAGGAUAAUUCUGUACUUCUAGUAGAAGAUUUGACAGAAGUGUGUGUUUACGUUGUGUUCGAUUACCAUAUCCAGGUGGCUGUGAGAGCACCUCCUGCGCUGGGCUCUGCCAAGCCGUGUCACUCAGCACUUAGCUAGAUAAGAGAAAGUGUGGAAUUUCUGUGUUUUUAGAAACUUGAACAAUUGCCACAUAAUAGCGGUGCAAUAAUUUUUAUUCAUGUUGUACCUGCAUGUCGAUGUUCAAAUCCUCCUCCAAAAUAAAUAAUUUUUUUUUUUUACAUAAA